ACUGCGCGGCCACGGAGCCUGCUGGGGGACUGGACGCGACGCGCUGAGUGGAGCGAGCGCGGCGAGGACAUGUGGCGGCCGGUGCGACUGUGCCACUUCCACUCUGCACUGCUGCAGACCAGAUGGAAGCCAUGGCCAUGCCCAGGCACGUUCUUCACGAGGAAUUUCAAGGGCCUGGCUGCCAGGACCUCGAAACCAAGGCUGCUGUGGAGGUGGGCACUGUCUGCCACAGCGGUGGGGAUGCCCUUGCUCCUUGGAGUCCGUUAUGCCAUGGCAGAGGCGCAGGAGAAGAGGAGGAUACGGCUCAUGGUGGAUGGCAUCGGGCGAUUUGGCAGGUCCCUGAAGAUUGGCCUGCACAUCUCCAUGGACUACUGGUGGUGUACCAACAUCAUCCUGCGAGGGGUGGAAGAGAACAGCCCAGGGUACGUGGAGGUGAUGUCUGCAUGUCACCAGCGGGCAGCUGAUGCCCUGGUGACAGGGGCCAUCCGCAAUGGCGGCCUGUAUGUGAAGCUGGGCCAGGGACUAUGCGCCUUCAACCAUCUGCUGCCACCAGAGUACAUCAGGACCCUUCGUGUGCUGGAAGAUAGGGCCCUCACACGUGGCUUCCGGGAGGUGGAUGACUUGUUCCUUGAAGACUUCCACGCGCUCCCCCAGGAACUCUUCCAGGAGUUUGAGUAUCAGCCAAUGGCUGCUGCAAGCCUGGCACAGGUGCACCGCGCCAAGCUACAAGAUGGCACCACUGUGGCUGUGAAGGUGCAGUACAUUGACCUGCAGGACCGCUUUGAGGCAGACGUGCACACACUGGAGGUCCUGCUGCGGCUUGUGGAGCUCAUGCAUCCCAGCUUUGGCUUUAGCUGGGUCCUGCAGGAUCUGAAGGGGACCCUGGCCCAGGAGCUGGACUUCGAGAAUGAGGGCCGCAAUGCGGAGCGCUGUGCACAGGAGUUGAAGCAUUUCCGCUACAUCGUGGUCCCCCGAGUGCACUGGGACAAAUCUAGCAAGCGUGUGCUGACAGCUGACUUCUGUGACGGAUGCAAAAUCAAUGAUGUGGAAGCCAUCAGGAGCCAGGGGCUGGCAGCACAGGACGUAGCAGAGAAGCUGAUCCAGGCUUUUGCUGAGCAGAUCUUCUACACUGGUUUCAUCCACUCUGACCCCCACCCCGGCAACGUUUUGGUGAGAAGAGGCCCAGACGGGAAGGCGGAGCUGGUGCUGUUGGACCAUGGGCUCUACCAGUUCUUGGAUCAGAAGGACCGGGAAUCCCUCUGCCAGCUGUGGCGAGCCAUCAUCCUGAGGGACGAUGCAGCAAUGAAGGCACACUCCGCUGCACUUGGUGUACAAGACUACAUGCUGUUCUCCGAGGUGCUCAUGCAGCGGCCCGUGCGCCUAGAGAGGCUGUGGAGUUCUCAUCUGCUGAGCCGUGAGGAGGCAGCCUACAUGCAGGACAUGGCCCGCGACCACUUUGAGAGUGUCAUGCAGGUGCUCAGGGCAAUGCCACGGCCCAUGCUGCUCGUACUGCGCAACAUCAAUACUGUGCGUGCCAUCAAUGUGGCCCUUGGCACUCCUGUGGACCGCUACUUCCUCAUGGCCAAGAGUGCUGUUCGGGCCUGGAGCCGCCUGGCAAGUGCAAUGUACCAGGGCAUCUAUGGCAGUAGCCUCCUGUGCCGUGUCAGGGUCAUCUGGGAGACGCUCAAGUUUGAGGUGGCCCUCAGGCUGGAGACCCUGACCAUGCGACUCACUGCCUUCCUGGUUCGUGUUCUCACCCACCUGGGCCUUCUAUCCCGGACGGAAGAGCUCUACCAGUACCUGGAGACUUAGGCGUGAGGGCUGGCAGUAUGGACAGCCCACACCCUGACAGCACAAUGACCACAACACAAUGACCACACACUUUUCUCAAAGAAA